AUGGAGGGGGAAAUGUUCAAACUGGAGGAUGAGAAGCCGCAGAAGAGAGUUAGGUUUCGCGUGUCAUCGGCGAAUAGCGGUCGGGUCCUGAAGGAGAUGUUCAGGAAUGAGGGACCGUCAGAUUCUUUGGAUUCAGACACCACCAGCACUUCGGAGGCCGAACGGGCCAGCACCCCUUCAACCAGCGAUACUAGCGGCCACUUUAGUGGAUUUCUCGGCUCAGAGCUGGAUGACAGUGAGAGCGAGCCUGAUGACCUGCUGAUGUAUGCUGGUGCCUCCAAGGACCGGGCAUUCGGCACUAAGCGAAUCAACAUCCUCAGCAACAAUGGGACUGUGCGGGGGGUCAGGCACAAAGUCAGUGCUGGCCAAGCGCUGUUCAACAACCUAUCCAAUGUCUAUGGGCAGCCAGAAUUUAUGCUGGAGUAUGGGCGGAUCGUGAUCUACACCACCAGCUUCCGCGUCAUCAGGACAACCUUUGAGCGCUGUGAGCUGGUGCGCAAGAUCUUCCAGAACCACCGGGUAAAAUUCCUGGAGAAGAACAUAGCCCUGAACAGCGAGUACAGCAAAGAUGUGGAGGAGCGGUGCAGAAAGGUGGGGGAGCUCCCCUCACUCCCUGUGGUCUUCAUUGAUGGACACUACCUUGGGGGUGCAGAGAAAAUACUGGAUAUGAAUGAAUCUGGAGAGCUUCAGGAUCUUCUCAUUAAAAUUGAGAAGGUACAGCACCCCCAUGGGUGCUCAAUGUGCGGGGGCUUCGCCUUUGUCCCCUGUCCCGUGUGCCAUGGCAGCAAGAUGUCUGUCUUCCGCAACUGCUUCACAGACACAUUCAAGGCCCUCCGGUGCACCGCCUGCAACGAGAAUGGACUGCAGCCCUGCCGCAGCUGCGCACUGUAGCACUGCAGUACCUCUCCACUAUCCCGCCCCCUGCAGGCUGUGUGUGGCGCUGCAACACGAAAGUGCCCUCUCUAGCCAUGU